AUGUCGACAAUAAGAAAUACUUCCACUGGAGACGCUGCUGAUGUAGCUACUGGUGAAGAGGCUCAGGUUCAAGAGGUAUCAGGCAACUCUUCGCAAAACUCAAAUGCUGGUGAGCAAUUUAUUGCAAGGAUUCCAAUCAAUUUCAAUGAAUAUAGAGUGAUCCAAGACAUAGAAGCUCAUCUUACUAGAGUUAUCAAAAUCACCACAAAGGGACUUCAACAGUAUUUUAUUAAACCUGGAUGUUUUCAUGAUUAUGAGUCUCACCAUAGUUCUGACUAUAUUGUUGUAUUGAAGCUCUAUAGUUUUAACCAUUUAGAGAAUUAUUUUUGGAAUUUUUUUGAUAAUUAUAUGGACGAGACGCUCGAUGAAUUUUCAGACAAUAUCAUCAAAGGCAAAUAUGAAACUGAAGUGGAAAUAAAUAAAAUCAUUAAUGAUUUUAAUGACACUGUUGACGAUCCAUCCAAAAUGAUAAAUUCACCAAGAAUGCUAGCCUUUGGGCGAAUGACCUCUACCAGUGUGUUGACACCAUUUGAUGGUUACUAUAUUGCUUUCCAAGAGGUGAAAGUUGGUAAUAAUAAAUUUAAUGGAAAUCAUAUAAAAGGAUUGAUUGAUGAGGUUCAAAAAUUUCAUUCGAUUAAGAUAGCUCACGGGGAUCUUGCAAUUAGAAAUAUAUUAGUUGACGAGCAGGAUGAAGUCCAUCUUAUUGAUUACAACAGUUUAUAA